AUUACCCUUCCCCUAGGAUUCAUCUUAUCCUUCCACUGGAAUAAGCCAAUUCCUCUUCCAUGGGGCCUUCUCUAUUUUUAGGAAGGUUAGAUUCUUUUUGACAGACAGUCUUGUUCGUUUUUAGGGUACUUUUGAUCGUGUCUGAAGGUCCCCUCUGUGGUCGUUUUGAGCUGUCGAAUGAGAGAAAUACACAUUCUAUCAAGAUUCCAAUUCACCUUACGUUACAUGUGAACAGAGAAGAACACCUUUUGACAACAUGGAGAUAUUUCGUAUCUCACCAGAUCGCGAUGUGGAAGCUCGUGGGAGGAAGCCUGGGCCACCACAAGCCGAGACAUCUUUCAGAAGCACAAACAGUAACGACAGCAACCUACCGUUAUCGCCAAAUGAAGAGGAAAAGGCAGACCCCGGGGACACGGAGAAGCUCGUUGAAAUGAUGGCUGAAUUUUCCGCUGGAUUCGACCCUGGAUCCUUUGCAGACCGCGUCAAGUUGUCUCGUCCGCAUCUGAAAAUAGGCCUCUUCCCUGGCUCGUACAGCCAUCUCCUGCUUAUUCUUCUCGAGCCCUGGGUUGAGCUGCAGAAGAGCCAGAAGUCCAUGACGGAGUGGCUUCGUGAUCGUUACCCGAACCUGGACAUGGAUCUUCCAGCGCCUAGCAGACCCAGCGAGACUAAUAUCACCGAUCAGACAUUCUUCGGGGCUGAGGUUGAAAUGCUCAGGAAGCUAUUGGCACCCUUGCGAGAAGACAGUCCGCUCAUGCCUAUUUUUUGGAUCAACACUAGGCAGCUGAGUGCUGAGAAGAUGUGUGAUCAGCUUGAGGCCUCCAAGAGAGCCAUUGAAGAGUUCAAGGAUGACGUUGCAGCUGUCUUGGGGGGAGACAAUGACACCAGAAGCAUCUAUUUCUCGCUCCCCGUCGGAUGGAAACGCAUGUCCCUCCUCAGUAAGAGACAGCUUAGAAUGGAUGCAUGCAGAGCCACACUUUCCUGGGAUGACUUCUGCAGAACCGAUCUGGACUUCACCUCAUUCUUCCAUUACUACAAGGCUCAUAUAUGCAAGUUGUCGCCAGACAGAGCAAUGGAGAUGGGAUGGCUACCACCGAAGGAACUUCAUCUUCCCAAUCUAUCCUUACGUCGUGACAGUGGAGGAAGGGGAGAAGGAGCAACGAACACAGGCCUCAGCACCCCAUCAGAUGGUUCGCUCAACGUCAUGCUCAAUUUGAUGUUCGACACGGCCCGCUGGUUAGCCCUCGCCAGAGGCUUACCGGCUGUCCAUCUAUUCUGCGACGUCGCCAGACUCUUCUCCGGGCUCAAGCCACCCGCAAACGCAGAUAGAUCCCGACUCGAGCUCCUACACUACUUUUCCCAGAUCAGAGUCACGAGCGAUGGUAUUCCGACCCGACCGCCCACACCUUUCCCCUGGCAGGACAGAUCCUUCGCGAACCGCAAUCCAGAUUACUUCAUUGAUCUUUGGAAGUCGAGUCGUGGUUUGGCGAAUGAUGUCUUCCAAAGCGUGUCCCUUCUCGAGAAGAGACGCAGUAGGGCAAACUCCGGCUUCCGUCUUUGUCCUACAGAAAUCCGCGAAAAGAUUAGAAUGGAUAUUACGCAGAGGAUUGGAAUUGGACAGGCCAGCUUGCCCAAUGAGCCUACCAUGGAAGGAUUUGCUGCCGGAGUGGCAGGUCAUGAUCGCCGUGCUAGCUUGCCAGGUUGGUUCAUGUCAGCGAGAGGCAACAACAACAACAAUAAUAAUAAUGAUACUAAUAAUAAUAUGACCAUCUCAACGACUCCUAACCCUGUGGAUAUUAGCACUACCGCUGUUCAUAGUGAUAUCCGCAUCGAAACAGACAGGAUUAAUACCAGAAUGAUGAAAGAGAAUAAAAAGAACAGGCUAAAGCUUGACCUCGACCUCGCACACAGCAGUAUUGACAAUGAACAUGGAGCUCUCCACGCCACGCACAGCAACGUUCUUGGUUCGAACUCGGAAGAUUAUUUUCUGGUGCAGAAGGAUUAUGAUAGCGGUGUUUUAAAGGGUACAUUUUGAAAGAAAGAAAAAAUGACACUGGGCAUAUUCUUUUCUUUUUGAUUUAUGUAAUAGAUGAUGCAUGGUCCGAGGAGUUCGGCGAUGUUUUCGGGGGUUUGAUUGGAUUUUCUUUUUCUUUUCUUUCUUUCCUUCUUCCCCCUCCCGUACCUAUGAGUGAAGGUGAAUGAUUAAUAAAAGGAUAAGGGAGAGGAAGUUGUCUUGAUUUAUUUAUCGACUUGGUUUGGGUUGGCCAUGGUCUAAGAAAGGUCUCUAGAGUUAUGUUAUGAUCGGGUCAGAUUCUAGAAUGACCCCAUCAUAUAUCCAGCUAGGUUAAUUUCAUCGCACUGACAGGCAAUUGUUUGGAAAACAAAAUUGAAUUACUUCGUUGAAAUAAAUAUUACUUGGGUAUCUCUAGAUACAGGCUAUCUCCCACAAAUAAAGUAAACUCAGGAAAAAAAAAUCCAUCCAUACCAAAUGCUUAUACAGAGUCGAGAUCUAGUUAAUAUUAAUCCACUUUAUCUAAUCAUUGUAUCGAAAGCCAGUACAGGGUCAAUCAGCGCUAUGUCAUCGUUGCCGGGCAUAUUAAAAUCGCCAGCUUGUCUUCCAUCACCGCUUUGAUGGAGGUCUAGGGCUGACGUAUCAAGGUAUCCAUUAUCUCCUAAUCCGUAUUCGUGAUUGUUUGAAGACCCGGCAAUACUCGUGUGAGAAGGAGCAGCCGUUGUGGUAGUAGUAGUGGACUGUGAGAAAUAAUUGUUUAGAAAGUCCGGGUAUGGCCCAUAUCCCAGGUCUCUAUCUCCAUCUGCAUCCACGACAUCGAAUUCAAGACCGUAGAUUCCAAAAGAGCUUUCAUGGUGUUCCUCCCUUUCCAUUUCCUGUUCACCGUCUGCCAACAAGGCACGCUGCAGGAAGAAAUUCUGGAUCUCGUCCUCGGUGCAGCCGUGUUUACCAGUCAUAUGUACCCAUAAGUCGUAAUCACGGUGGAAGCGGUGCGGACAAGUUUCAUAGAAGCAUUUGAUUCUUCGACCGGUUUCUUCUGCGUAGCCUUCACCUGUAAGAGCUGCCAAUGUAGGUCGGGCAGAUGGCUGUCGCUUGGCGUUUGUAUGCGUCUUGCUGCUGCUGAGACCAAGACGUUGUCUGCGUUCAGCCUUUGCGUUCUGGAAUCCCAAAUGUGCCGUACGUAUGUGUUCUUCCAGGGCGAGUUUGCUACCGUAACGUUUUCCGCAGCCUUCACCGAACCAGCCUUGUACCUUCUUAGAAGUUGACAAGUCUGUCUCGCCGCACACGAAUCGUUUUUCGCCUUCAUGGACUGUUCGAAUAUGAACUGUUAGAUUCCCUUUCUUAGUGAAGCUGCGGUCACAACCUGGGACGGUGCAUGGAAAUAAUCUCCCCCGCUCAAUGUCGAUAUCUCCGUGCGCUACUUCAAGAUGACGGCGCAGCUCACGGGAAGUCGAGCACAUUACUGGACAGUUGGGACAUUGCGGGGGAUGGACAGACUUGAUGUGAGCUUGGAGAAGGGCGUAGGUUGGGAAUGUAACGGUGUUGUCAUCAUUGUUUAUAUUAUCCAUGGAGGACAAUAUGGUUUCGACUCUCUGCUGAGUGCACUCCGUACAGGUAAAGCGUCUCUCAGUGUGCAUUCUACCCUGAUGGGCGCGAAGAUGACCCGCCGUAUCAAACGCCAUUGGGCAUUUCCGACCCGUCUUCGGAUCAGUAUGACAGCAUGGAAAUGGCUUCUGGUUCAGGUGUGCGGUUACAAUGUGCUUCUGGAGAGUCGAGUGCUUUCGAAACGUCUCGUUGCAUGGAGGAUACUCGGUGCAGCGGUAUUUGUCCCUUCCAUCGUGUGCAGCCAGGUGACGGCGCAGCCGCGAUCCUGUCACGAAACUUUUCCCGCAUCCUGGACGAUCACAUACGUAGUCUCGAACCCCGGUGUGGGCGCUUUUUAUGUGGUGGUUGAGAUGGGAUGUUCGAAGAAAAGUCUUUUCGCAACCUUCGUAGGGGCAUUUGAAGAGUCUUUCAUUAUUGUGUGAGCGCAAAUGCUCCUGCAGUCGUGCCGGCCGAUUGAAUGCUUUGGUGCAGCCCUCGAACGGGCAAAGGUGAGUCUUCAGUUCAGACGGAUACUUCACGGAGCAUGUCGAGAAUGGUGUUGUCGGUGUUUCCUUCAGAGAAUCGCUGUUGACACUAGCGGCAUCGGAGAAUGCGUAAUCGGGAUCUGAAUUGUAUUCCUCAUGAAUUGGAU